UUCACGCGCGGAAAGCAGGAAGCGGUGUGUGUACCAGGACACGACACGGUUGGUCCUGGACCCGGUGGUGUCCACGCGGUCCUGCCGGCUUUCGAGGUAUCGUCGCGUCGACAGGACUGGCCAGCCGUGGAUCGUGUAUGGCCCCGCGGACCAGGAAACAACGCUGCUGGUAGUAGUCGUCUACAGAGAGGAACGAACACGUCCGAAAAGUAGUCACGGACCGUACAUCGUCGACCACGCGGCACACGUGAGCGGAACGAAGACGAACCGCUACCGAGCGCGACCGAACGCCAACGAGCCGCCACGAUCGUCUCUCUCGGGGUAUCCUGGCUCACCGCUGAUUGGCCGAAACCUCGAGGAAGUGGUCACCGUCGACGAGGGCUCGGACCACAUCGCCACGUGAGUUCAGCGCCGUAUCGCGAACCAGGAUAUCGCGCGCGCCUUUUCACCCGAUCCUGCAGCUGCAUUUUGCCGAGCACCCACCAACGUCAGCUUUCCGAGCUCAGACAACAGGAUCGCUUCGAACGAUCUUCGAGUCGACUUUGCCGCGGUGUUCUCGAAUCGACAUCGCGGACGACGAUUACCUACGGAAUUGUUUCUCUUUGUAACAUCGCGAAUUAGUGGUCUUCGCUGACCACAAUCGAGAGUAUCGUAUGUCUAUGAAAAUUAAACGACGAUGUUGUCCCGGUUGAUCGGACGGUGUUUAAACGAAACUCGUAGAAAUCGAGUGACAAGUGAAUAGAACGCACUGGCUGUAGAACAGGCGUACGACGAGAUCCUUAAAAACCGGAACGUCGACCAUAAUACCAGGUCUGCUCGGCCCUGAACCGGAAUCGAUCUACGUCAUCGUAGUCAUCACGUGGUGAUCCUGACCUAGGCCAAUGUCUUUACCCCAUAUGACGUUGCGCCUUUCAGUCGGUGUCAUCUAGACACGCAGAUCCUACUUCCCUUCUAAAUAUAAAAGCAUGCUCGACUCGUGGGCGAAAGUCUUCGAACAUGGAAACGACGAAUAAUCCGUGGAGCCGCGUUGACGAACGGCAAGGAUCAUCGGACCAGUCUCGAAUUCGAUCUUUCUCGCGAAGUUGAAUUCUCAUCUUACGCGUCGAAUUUAACGUCGUAAUUCGUGACGUACUGUCUUCUAUCGACACAAAGGAGAAAGUUGGUGUCUUCGAGUGUUAUAAAUAGAAGUGAACAGUGAAUAAAACUUGCCGGUCAAGGAAAAUCUCUUUUCUCUCGAAUCUCUGGCCGUUGAUCGCCCAAGAUUUCUGCGACGAAACUAUUAUUCCCAAAUUUUAACGUGAUCCACGGAGUUCGAUGACUUUAUGUACAAGAAGUGUAUAUUAUUGUUUCGCUCGUUCCUUUUCUGUUAUCAUAUCUACAUUUUCUCGAAACAUAAAUAUGGUAAAUGUUAUGUAACGGACACGCAGUGAAACUUGUAGAUUAAUUCCGUGAUUGUUUACAGUUUAACGGUAACGAUAUUAUAAGAAGUUGUUUAUCGAUCGACGAGAACUACGUAAUUCGCCGAGAGUCAUGAUAGAGAUCCUUUUCUUUCUACUUUAGAUGCCUCGCGCGUCUAAUGUGUUUAAUGACAGUUGUAUCUGGUAACGGUACGUGUUUAUAUUAGUCGUGUCGAGGAAGAGAUCAACGAACUAAAUGUGAACAAGUCGAAGGGUAAACUCGAAAGAAAUUACAUCGCACAAGGUACACCUCGGAUAGAUUAAUCGAGAGAUUGUCAACGAUGAUUUACUCCGAUUAAGGACGGGUGAUUUGGUGAUUCAGCCUGGGGAAUCAUCAAAAAAGUUACCAUCUCGUGCAUAUUCCAGAAGACUGAUCACAGAUCUAUCGAUCCACCUUCGCUCAGCAGGAAAUUGUUCUUCCUGAUAAUAACAACAUUCCUACCUUCCACUCGGAAACGAAGAUCUUCCUCUUUGCCCUGGAUAUAAGGGAGCGGAAGAAGCGUAGAUGAGUUCUACUGUCUGCGUCCUCGGUGGAAGCGUUAGUGGGAUAUUAAGGCUGCUUUCGAUUCUUAAAUGGAAGGCUUACAGGGCGAGUUGAACGAUCUACAACACAAGAAGGAACCUCUACUUCUCUGCUGGCGAACUUAUCUGUUUCAGGUCAUGCAAGCGAAAACGGCCCACUUCAAUACCAAAUUUAAAGUUUCUACUUUCCGUUAAACCAACAACGCUACUGACCAAAGGUACGACCUGGGGUUGUGUCGGGGUAGCUAGCAAAGAAGCAUCUGUCGGCGGUGGAGAACAGAUUAGGACGGGUAGAGAGAGAACGAAGGGGGUGGGGAGUACGACAUACGGUAGGAGAAGAAGAAGAAGAGGAAGUCGAGAGAGUGUAGGCGCAGGCGCCGUAGGUGAUGUGAGGCUGGCGCCCGCCUCACGUUUGGGGUGAUGCCCUCCAGUGAGCCUCAUCCCCCCCAGUACCACCUUCAGCAUCACAACAUUCCUCCCUCGCAUCUUCAACAGCACACGUCGACCGCGAUCGGGCAACAUCAGCUCUACCAGCAGCUGGUGGCGGCCCAUCAACAGCAGCAACAGCACCAGCACCAGCACCAGCAGCAGAGACAGCAGCAACACGGCGGGCCCUUUCAAAAUUCCACGUACACGCAGCAAAAGCAGGAGAUGAGCCCGGAGGAGGAGGGGGGUCGAGGGGGCGGGUCCCCCCCGGCAGCAGGGGCUGCGUUACAUCAGCCCCAUCACCCCCGGACAGCCAGUCCACCCUCGGGCACAGAACCCUGCACCCGUGAUGCCAUACCGACGCCUACACCGAUCGCGGAUACUACAACAACCACCACCACAACCACUAUGACCAUGCAGUCGCAGGGCCAACAACAGCAACAGCAAGAACAACAAGGUCCAAGCCCUAGUCCGAGUCCAACGGGAGGUGAUGUGGAGAAGUUCGACGGGAAGAUCGUCUACAAUCCGGACGGUUCGGCGUAUAUUAUCGAGGGAGAGAGUGAACUCAGCGAAGAUGAUUCGUUACCUGACGGUUGCAUCGUAGAUGGGCGCGGUGUCUCGGUUCCUCAUUCGUUGGUAUUUCCCCAAAUCGCGAGCGCGUACUACGUUUCGAGACUGUACGCGCAUCAGGCGUAUCAGCAGCAACAACAGCAGCAACAACAACGUUCGGUGGCGCAGCAGCACAAUCCCGAUCUUCCUGUGAUGCACAGCUAUCGGGUGAUAAGUUACAGAAGCGCGGAGGGUAGCAAACAACCACCUCCUCCACCUACAGCACCACCACCUCCAGCAGCCUCGGUCCCCGUCAAACCUAUUCUAAUGUGUUUCAUAUGCAAGCUCAGUUUCGGCUACGCGAAGAGUUUCGUGGCACACGCUCAGGGUGAACAUCAGCUUACCUUGAUGGAAGACGAGCGACAGGUACUCUCCCAUUCGACCGCGUCGGCGAUCAUUCAAGCCGUGGGCAGAGGCAAGCAACCGUUGGUCAGCUUUCUCGAACCAGUGACGAGUUCCACUUGUCCGCAACCAUCGCCUGCGCAGAUGCAGAACCAACAACAGCAGCAACGUACUGAGUCCACCGAUCACGAAACGCCGACCACGACCAGUACGCCUGCCAGCACUCCCGGAGUACCGAGUAGUCCCCAGCAGCAACAACAGCAGCAACCACAGAGGCCGUCACCUAGCACACCCACCACUCCUACUUCCCAUUCUAAUCAUCCUCUCGCGUACAAUCAUCAACAAACGCAGCAGCAUCAGUGGACCGGCGCCCAGGUGAGCGCCGCUUCCUGGGCCAAAGCACCUGACGCUGCCGGCAUACACUACACGUCACCACCGCCACCUGCUUCGUCGACGAAGGGCUCGCCAUCAUCGUACGCCGCGUUGACCCAGCAACCACCGAAUUUCCUCACAGGCACGACCAUCGGUGUCUGCCCCGAGCACAUGCAAGGAAGACCGAGCGGAGUCGAGUGCCCUAAAUGCGAACUGAUUCUAUCCAGCACCAGACUGGCGGGUCCGCCUGGAAGCCUGGCUGGAAUUCACAGUAGAAACUCGUGCAAAACGCUCAAGUGUCCGAAAUGCAAUUGGCACUACAAGUACCAAGAAACUUUGGAAAUCCACAUGAAGGAGAAACAUCCCGAAAGUGAAACCUCCUGCAUCUACUGCAUCGCCGGACAACCACACCCUAGGUUAGCACGUGGCGAGACAUAUACUUGCGGUUACAAGCCCUACAGAUGCGAAGUGUGCAACUAUUCUACCACGACCAAGGGCAAUCUCAGUAUUCACAUGCAGAGCGACAAACAUUUGAAUAACAUGCAGGAGCUGCAGCAGGGCGGAGGCGGUGCCUCGGCAGCGAGCAAUCCAUCGUCCUCGCAGGAUGCACCGAUGCCAACGAGAAGUCCGCACCACCAACAGAACCAUAGUCCGCACAUUGCUGGUCAGGCCGGGAACCAAGGGAAACCGAAGCCAACAUUUCGCUGUGACGUCUGUAACUACGAAACGAAUGUCGCCCGGAACCUAAGGAUACACAUGACUAGCGAGAAGCAUACGCACAAUAUGCUGGUCCUGCAGCAGAACGUGAAGCACAUGCAGACCCUGUCCGCGCUCCAGUCUCACCACCAACAGGCACAACAUCACCAUCAACAAGCGCAACAGCAACAUCAACAGCAACUCGAGCAGCUACUUCAUUUAGGUGGCCUGGAUAAGCCUCAGCACGCGGAGGCGGCUCUCGCGGACAUGGCUUACAAUCAGGCUUUGCUGAUCCAGAUGAUGACGGGUGGUCAAUUGCCACCGCAGCUGCCACCAGAAAUUAUGGGUGGCAUGGCUAGUAUGGGAGCCAUGGGCAACCUCGGUGGCGACGUUGGUUUGUCACCAGACAGCAUGGAUCCACCGCCCGAACCGGCUGAUCCUGAUCCUUCUCAUCUGUAUCAUUGCUGCGUGUGCAAUAAUUUCGCCACCGAUUCCUUGGAAGCUCUUGGCCACCAUUUAGCAGUGGACAGAACGAGGACACGAGAGGGAGAAAUCCUUGCGCUUGUAGCUGGCCACUUCGUUUGCAAACUUUGUUCCUACAAAACCAACCUGAAGGCUAACUUCCAAUUGCACUGCAAGACAGACAAGCAUCUCCAACGUUUGCAGCAUGUAAACCAUGUGAAAGAGGGCGGGCUUCGAAACGAAUGGAAGUUGAAGUACCUGGCCUCGCCCACGAGCGCCGCGCAAUUACGUUGUCACGCGUGCGACUAUUACACGAACAGCGCUCACAAAUUGGCCCUGCAUGCCGCGUCACCCAGGCACGAGGCUGCAGCCCUACUUCUUCGUCACCUGCUCGAGGCCAGUGCCAACGUACCAUCCCAAGCGAAGUUGUACCAUUGCGCUUUGUGUGGCUUCAGCGCGAGACACAGAUUGCCUCUGUUGCAACAUGUUCGAUCACUCAGACAUCUUCAAAUGGAGCAGUUGCACCAACUUCACAGACGAAGCGGUAUUCAAGGGAACGAGACACCGCACACUGACAUCGGGGAUGUUUUCCAAGUUAUGAGCGACCCGGAUGCUCCACCUGCGCAACAGCCCAGUCCCACCAUGCCAACUACACCGAAUGCUACCAGUGCCAACAAUGAACGACGAGAGGAAGGUAGCGACUGCGGCAGCGAGGUGAAACAGGAGCCGGAUAACGAUCAGGAGCCGGAACAAGAGCCGGAGAACGAGCACGAGGAAGUCACCUGCCCGUAUUGCACUUAUCAGCCGACGUCGCGCGAAGAAUUGAGGCAACAUUUGCAAGUGGCUCAUGUCCAGGAUGCCGAGGACAAAGCGGAGGCCGUAAAGGAAGAGUCGCCGCCUGAAUUGUUGUGCCCGCUGUGUCAGGAUGGUUUCAAAGAGCGUUCCGCGCUCGAGAAACACGUGAUGCAAAUACACUCGGUUAACGCGGACGGCUUACAACGACUGCUGUUACUGGUGGACCAGAGCCAUUGGCUGAACAACAAUCCGCGAAACACUUCGACUCCAGCCGUAACCAUGCCGACUUCACCGACAACCACCACGAAACAGCCGCAGGAGGAGGAUUUGAGCGAACGUGGAGCUAACGAGGAGAUCGAGGAGCUCACCAGAUGCACUGUCUGCGGACGCGUGUGCCGCUCGUUGGAAGAACUACAGCAACAUCACAGGGAAACUCACCCAGCUACUACACCCACUCUCGCCGUUAGCGAGAAGCACGUUUACAAGUAUCGAUGCGGACAGUGUAGUCUCGCGUUCAAGACUCUGGAAAAGCUGCAACAACACUCGCAGUAUCAUGCGAUCCGGGAUGCGACAAAAUGCGCUCUCUGUGGACGAUCGUUUCGCUCGGUCCAGGCUCUCCAAAGACACCUGGAGUCUGCUCACGCGGAUCUACACGAAGACGAACUCGCGCAGUACAAGCAGAGCCUGCUGCACGCUCAUCCGUUGCUUCAAGCUCUCACGGAGGAAGCUCUUCGCAGACAGGGGAAUUUGGUUGGAGAACAGAAUAUCGAGGAUGAUGCCAGCAAGGCGGAGGAGGAAGAGAGCGAUGCAAGCGACUCAUCACCAUUACACAAAGAGCAACGUCUUUUAGAAGAUUAUUUGAAUAGUCAAACAGUGGCUGAGGACUCGUAUCACGAUCCGGGAAGAAAGUUCAAAUGUCAUCGCUGUAAAGUUGCGUUUACCAGGCAGAGUUACUUGACUGGACACAACAAGACGCUGUUGCACCGCAAAGGGGAAAAGAUGUCCUAUCCCAUGGAGAAGUAUCUGGAUCCUAAUAGACCGUAUAAGUGCGACGUUUGCAAGGAGAGUUUUACCCAGAAGAAUAUUCUGUUAGUUCAUUACAACAGCGUGAGCCAUCUACAUAAGUUGAAGAGAGCAAUGCAAGAGCAGGGUAACAACAACACACUGAUCUCUGUGGUACCGCCUGCUAGUCCUACGGAAUCCCCUGAUUCUCAGCAAGACCAGGACAAGAAACCUUACAAGUGCAACAUUUGUAAGGUAGCUUACUCACAAGGCAGUACUUUGGACAUUCACAUGAGGAGCGUUCUGCACCAGACUAGGGCCAGUAAAUUGCCAGACCUCGCCGCCAGUGGUCAGUUGGAUCUUGCACGUCCAUUGAUCGAACAGCCUCCGCCAAGCAGCCCAAAUAGUCCACCGGUUAACACCAGCACCUCUGGAAACAGCGCAACAAUGUUGUCAUGCCCUCGAUGCAGUGCUCUUUUUGUCAAUCAGGAGCAGCUUGCCACUCACCAACAGCUCUACUGUAUAUUUAGCAAUCCAUUGGCGUUAUUUCAACAACUAGCUGCAUCUCAACAGCUCGCAUCAUCCACACCAGCGAAAACUCCACCUCCUUCAUCUACAACACCUGGUCCACAACAACACAUGCAGCAGAGUACACAUUCUUCGCAAACAACGCAAGAUAUUUUGUCUCAGCCUCGUCACAAGACGUCGCAAAUGUACAAGCAUCUUCUAGAAAGUUUCGGUUUCGAUCUGGUUAUGCAAUUCAAUGAAAACCACCAAAGACGUCAGCGUAAAGAAGAAGAAGCUGCUGCGGCGCUCCAAGCUCAGCAAGAACAACAGAAGCAGGAGCAACAGAAACAGGCGCUAGCUGCUCAAGCUGCUCGUGAACGAGAGGAAGAAGCUGAAGAACAUACUGAUGAUGACGUUAUACCAGAACUGACUAGAAGCACCUGUCAGCAUUGCAACAAGGAAUUUAGUAGCGUUUGGGUGUUGAAAGCUCAUUGCGAAGAAGUACACCGUGAUCUGGUGCCACGCGAAUUCUUAGAGAAAUAUGCUCAGCAAUUUAAAUGUGAAUACGAGAAGAAGAGCGUUGUAGUGACUGUUGCAACGUCUUCUUCUACGUCGUCCGGACCUAGAAGCUCGACACCAGCUUCUAGCCAACCGCAAGAUCUCUCCUCGGAUAAAGAACAACGUGAAAAAGAGAAAGAGGAGGUUAAUGAGAACAAAGAUCGUGUCAGUAAGACUCCAGAGGCUACUUCUACUACCCCAGCAACAACUCCAGCAUUAAGCAAUACGCCAGUAUCGAGUACAGAUUCUACGACUCCAACUGUACUGCCGACAAAUCCUCAGCAUCAUAUUCAACAACAACAGCAACAGCAACAGCAGCAGCAGCAGCAGCAACAACAACAACAACAGCAUGCACAAUUGACUCUUGCGCAACAGAUGACCGAAAUGCAAGCUGCUUUAAACGCUAUGGCUGCGUCUCAACUGCAGCAGCAUUUCCAACAAUAUCCUGGAUUGGUGAUGGGUAUGAUGGGUUUACCGCUUGGAAUACCUGCCUUGGCUGCUAUGAAUUUACAACCACCUUUGGUACCGAUGAUGCUACCACCACCGCCGUACGAUGGAACAGCUACCGGAUAUCCGCCUAUCAAUGCUCAAGCUGACCUCUUGACCAAGCAACAUCUCGCCCUGCAACAACAGCAAGUAGCAGCCGCAAACGCGGCUGCCUCGCAGAAACGAGCGCGAACGCGCAUAACCGACGAACAGCUAAAGAUAUUACGAGCGCAUUUCGACAUCAACAAUUCUCCCGGCGAGGAGCAGAUUCUAGAUAUGGCGGCUCAAAGCGGGUUACCGCCGAAAGUGAUCAAACACUGGUUCAGGAACACGUUGUUCAAAGAGCGGCAACGUAACAAGGACAGUCCGUACAACUUCAACAAUCCGCCUAGCACUACUCUGAAUCUCGAAGAAUAUGAAAAAACCGGAGAGGCGAAAGUGACACCGCUGAACUCUAGCGUAUCUGGAAGCAGUUCCUCGGAUGACAAAAGUCCAAACAAGCAAGCAACACCGCCACCGUCAACCACGAACGUGAAUACAUCUCAGGCCAGUGAAAUAAAACAAGAGAUUCAAGAACAGCCGCAGUGUCACGUGCAGCAACAAUCGCAGCAUCAAGAAGAACAGCAGCAUCAUUCUCCUGGAAGCUCCGGUGGACAGCAGUCGAGACCGCAUUCACCGGCGCUCAGCAUGAGCUCGGUGUUCUCUGGAAUUCAUCACGAUGUGUCAUCGCACGCUUCAUCGACAACCAACGCUCCAAGCACUCCUAUGCUCCCGCCUAAGUUGACACCACAAAACUUUGCCAGCCCCAAUCCCGGAGCUGGUAGUGUCGUUCCAGGCGCCAUUGCGGCUAUGGCUCUAACGCCCCAGAGAUCCCUGAGCCCUGGCCGUGGGCCAACCGACUACUCCUUCGGUGGAAACACCAAUGGCAACAACUCGUCGGGUGGCAGUUCCGGGAAACGAGCUAACAGAACAAGAUUCACCGACUACCAGAUCAAAGUACUUCAGGAGUUCUUCGAAAACAACGCGUACCCAAAGGACGACGAUCUGGAGUAUCUGAGCAAGCUGCUUGGACUGAGCCCGCGCGUGAUCGUGGUAUGGUUCCAGAACGCUAGACAGAAAGCACGAAAAGUGUACGAGAAUCAGCCAGCCGCUGAGCCAGUGACAACGGGCAGCCGCGAGGGCGACGACGGUUCAGGCCGCUUCCAGCGGACCCCAGGCUUGAAUUACCAAUGCAAGAAGUGUUUGCUGGUGUUUCAGAGAUACUACGAGCUCAUACGUCAUCAGAAGACGCACUGCUUCAAGGAGGAGGACGCGAAGAGGAGCGCCCAAGCGCAGGCGGCCGCGGCUCAAGUUGCCGCGGUUCUUAGUUCCGAAGAUAGCAACAGCAGUUCCACCACCACCACUGCUAACGCCGUCUCCAGCAACCCAACGAACGCUCCCGCUCUCGCGGAACAGUUGCAGCAACCACUGAACACCACCACGCCUCCUCAUCAGCAGCAGCAGACGACAAUGGGACAGUCGCAUCAACAGCCUCAGCAACAGUCGCAGCAGCAGCAACAGCAACAGCAACAACCAGUGCAACAACAACAAUCGCAGUCGCAAACCGAGUCGAAGGAAGGUAGCUUUCAGUGCGACAAGUGUAAUUUGAUGUUCGGGCGAUUCGAACUGUGGCGCGAACAUCAGCUGGUACAUAUCAUGAACCCAUCCCUUUUCCCACCGGCUUAUCCACCAGAUUCACCUUUCGGGAUUCUACAGCAACAAGCACUGAACGCUACCACUGGAGUAGCUACCGAUAGUCCUCAUCCUUUGAUCGCUAUGAUGCAGGAGAGAAAGAGAAGGUACGAUGAUUUCGACGAAGGAGCAGGAGGUGACAGCCGCCCGAUCUCCGAGCACAACGAGCAGCCAAAAGACAAGCGAUUGAGAACGACGAUACUGCCCGAACAGCUGGAUUACUUGUACCAGAAGUACCAAGUCGAGUCGAAUCCAUCGAGAAAGAUGUUAGAAACCAUCGCUCGCGAGGUCGGUCUGAAAAAACGUGUUGUUCAAGUGUGGUUUCAAAAUACACGUGCUCGGGAACGGAAAGGUCAGUUCCGCGCGCACAGCCAGGUGAUAAACAAACGUUGUCCGUUCUGUCCAGCGUUAUUCAAAGUGAAAUCGGCAUUAGAAUCACAUCUCAGCAGCAAACACGCCGACCAAGUCGCGCGUGGCGAAGUAAAUAUCGAUAAUAUCCCCGACGAAGAACUCUCGAUGGAGUCGGCUCCUUCGAACCCGAGCACGCCGAAUAUGAUGCCUCCUCUGUUCCCACCUUUCAACACCGAUAUGGAGGCAUCCUUGAAGAAGUAUUACGAGGAGUCGAUGAAACGAUAUAUCAGUGAGCUGCAGGCUCACGCCAGUAACGGUAAACAAGAAACCGCGAACCAUCAGGCAGGUGGUAACAGCGGCGAAUCUCCUUUGGAUCUGAGCAAACCGGUAGACUUGAGUCGCCCGAUGAAAUUGAGUCUCGGUGGACUGAGUAAUCUUCUCGAAGAACAACACGGUGCACAUUUUCGCGGUGGUAGCGAUUGCGGUCCAUUGACCGACCUUUCCGAAAGAAGUAUCUGCGACGACGAUAGCAUGAGCGAGACUACUGAAUUUCUAGACGACGAGAGUGGACCGGCGAGUCCAGCCUCGAGCACACAGAGCUCCAGACAGGGACCCGCAUCGGCGGGGACCGGAAGUACCGCGGGCCCGCCGGUUACCGGCACCGGCAGCGGAACAGGCCAGUCCAGCGGCAAGAGAUAUCGCACUCAGAUGUCCGCUACCCAGGUGAAAGUGAUGAAGUCGCUGUUCUCGGACUACAAGACGCCUACGAUGGCCGAAUGCGAGAUGCUCGGGCGCGAGAUCGGACUGCCGAAGCGCGUAGUUCAGGUGUGGUUCCAGAACGCCCGCGCGAAGGAGAAGAAAGCUAGAUUGGCGGCAGGUUUGCCAGCCGAAGGAUCGGCCGUCCAACCUCAUCGCGGUCCGACCGGGCCCGACGAAUGUAGGCUUUGCUCUGUUCGAUACUCGGCCAAGUCACCGCUCCAGGAGCACGUAUUCUCACGGCGACACAUCGAAUCGGUGCGUGUCGCCGUCGAGGAUGGUAGCCUCGUGCCGCCAACACCCGGCGCACCGAUCGUUCCUGGUGGCAACAGUGGCGCAGCAGGAAUCGGUAGCUCGCCGGUGGUCGGGCCUGGUAACCAGCAAGCCGGCCAGCAGCAGCAAUCGGACGAAAACAUGAUGUACGGAUCCUUGUUCCUCCAUCCUACGGCGAUGUUCCAGCCACAGCAACAGCAACACCCGGGUACCGCAGCACCUAGCACAGCUACCACCACGGCCGUAGCGGCUCCAGGUUUGAGCGGCAGCAUGCACGGCAGUGGGCUAAUGUCGUUGCACGUGGAAGGGGGCACCCAGGUCCAGGUGCCGCGCUCUUUGAUGCAAGCAUUCCUGCAGCAAGACCCGAACCAUCCAGGCUUGGAAACGGUGCGAUUGCCGACGCCUCCGUGCGGCUCCGAUGAGAACGGGCCGCCACAGCACUGUCGCGAAGUCGAGACGGAACUGUGCCUGGUCUGUCGCCGAUGCGGCCGAGCUUAUCCGCAAGAAUCGACGUUGCUCGCUCACCAACGCUCCUGCUAUCUCGGCAAUCAACAGCGUCGCGGUGCGUUGCGCCUCGUUCAAUCUCGUUACGCCUGUUCUCUGUGCGAUGGAAACACCCCGACGAGAACUUACACGACCGUCACCGAAUGGCGGCGUCACGCUGAAACUUUGCAACAUCGAGCUCGCCUCGAAGCGAACCAAGAACGCCAACAACAGCAACAACAGUUUGGUAACAUCGGCGCGGAAUCUGUGGGACAGUGUGGCGAGGAAGUACAUCCGCUCACGGACGAGAUGGAGGAUGUGGUGAAUCAAAUCACCCUGUUGGCUGCUCGCGCGGCCGCUGAGAGCACCACGGGCCAGCCACAGGCUAACGAGAGGGCGAACCAGGACAACAAUAACGCUCCCGACGUCAAGAGGCAGAAACUGGUCCAAGAGGUUGCUGCUUUGGCUGGCGCGCGUUAAACGAAGCGUGUCACGUGCGAAACAAGCGAAUAACAAAGACAACGGAGAAGAAUCGUCAGGCAGAGGUGCUACGACGAGACGAGCCAUCGAACGUUCGCGAAUCGUCUGGUUCGCGGGCUGACGAUUUCUUCGGGAGGAGAAAAGGAAGAGGAAAACGAGGACGAAGGAAGAAAACGGAGCUGGGAGAGAGUGUUCGAUGGGUGCUCCUCUUCGACGGGGUACUCGAUAACGAAAGCAAACAACGUUCCUAACUGGCUAAAUGAAGGGGAGGGGGUUCCAACCAAGGCAGGAACUGUCGGUGGGAGGGGGGGGGGGGCUUUUUCUUCCGCUCCGGGCACCGGGGAAUCCCCGGCUCCAGAUACUCGCGCGUGGACGGUGGACCAAUCAACGAGGAUGCCGCGUAAUGGACCUCUCUCUUUAUUCUCGUUUUAAUUUCGGACCGCGCACGGGCCACUGUCGCGCGCGCAAUCACCAAUUUAACUAAUAUUUUUGUUACAAUAUAUGUACACACAUAGCGUGCCACCAAAGCAGCGCGCUCACCAAAGUUCCUUCGAUAGAAAGAAUGAAGAAUGUUUCGGAGUUUUGACGGACACACGUAACGGGACGAGUGAAAACAGAGAAACGAACGACCAAAAGGAUUAUCGGUUUGUUGUUUGAUAAUUGAGGGAGACGUUUGCACGAGUCGAGAAACGAGCGAUUUUCUCGAUGGAUCGUCGUUCUUUUCUUUUCUUUUUUGUGUCUCUUUCUUUUUCUUUUUACGAAGCGACAUCGUCUCUAUCCGUGCGUUGACUGUGCGCAUCGGUCGCUUCGUAAGUAGGAUUUUGGGGAUGGAGAUGGCGGCGCGGAAACCGCGAGGCGACGAAGAAGCACGUGGAGGAGAAUAAAUAGGUGGGGGAGAGGAAAAGAAUGAGCGUCGACGACGCCGAGAAGACGCGUCGAGGUGGGCUGAUUUAAACGUUCCUAUGUAAAGUAAUAAUAAAGAUUUAAUGAAACAAAAGAAAAAAAAAGUUACUAAAACAAGCGGACAGACAUUAAGGACGCGGCGUAGUAGGAUAGAUGGCGCGACGUUCGCGAAACUAAUAGCGUCGCGCUCGUUGCGAAUACAUACGUACAUAUUCAUCUCUAAGAAAUGAAAAAAAGAAUGAAUCUUCACUCUCUGUCUCUCUCUUUCUCUUUUUACGUGCGUGUGUAUGGGUGGUACUGCGUAAGUAGCGUGUGUCAAGGAGGAUGCGAGAAUCGGACGAAGCGUUGUUCACCGACGAUGACCACGAAAAAGGAUGAAAGCCUUUCCUUUCGAAAGAAACGAAACGGAAGGGAAUCGCGAGAAGAAAAGAAGAUCACCGCGUGUUCCUCUUUUCUUUUUUAAUCGGCAAGAGGUGAACGCGCGAAAGUACAUACAGAGACCAGAGAGGUUCACGUGUCGGAGGACGAUCGGACGACCUUUUGAGGAAAUCGGUGGCUGGAAGGAUUUUUUCUUCAAAAAAAAAAAAAAAAAUAAUAAAAAAAGAAAAAAAAAUGGAGAGAGAACCCACGCGCACACGUGCACACUCACACGCACUCACUCGUGACACGUAUACACGUGCAUACACGCAUACACAAGCCUAGUAAUAUCCAUUCUAUAGUUUCGAGAAACACCCACAGGGCACGGUAACCCCGCGGCUGGGAGGGGUUCUUUUUAAGUACGAUAAAACGCGUAAUAAACGUCGCUACCGGCGCGCGAAUUUUAAAACGUGAGUCCCGUUCAUUUUUCUCUGGCCGUGAGAGCAAAAUGCUCGUAAGGAGAAACGUCGAAUGGAAAGAAGAGUAAAGUUUCGUGGGAGAGAAACGAGAACGACAACGCGAAACGAAACGAAACGGGGGAAAAAAGCAAAAAGAAGAAAUGGGAUGAAAAACGCGAGAGGGCAAGUUGCCCCGGUGCCCGUCGCGAUACGGUUCGCGUUCACGAACAAGCAAAAACCCAGAAACAUGGUUCCUAUAUUUAAUAAAUUAUAUUUAAUAACGGUAAAAAAAACCUAACGAUUAACGAUUAAUAUUAAUGAUAAUAAUAAACAUAGUAAUAAUAAUGAUAGUAAUAAUGGUAAAUAGUUAUAGCUAUCGAUAGCUGUAAUUGAUUAUCGCUAGUUAAUCGGUCGACGAUACGACGGCAAAUCGGUCAGCCGCGCGGGAGACCGCGAUCGAGCGCAGUGCUGAUCAAGGCGUGAACUUUUUUGGUUCUUUCUCGCUGGACAGCCGGAAACGGUGGAUUGCGCGGCAUGUGUGAUGCUUUCGGGGUCGACCGAAGGAAAGCGCGAAGUUCGCGUACGCGCAAACCGGGUCUCCGUGGUUACGAGAGAAAAAAAGAAAAGAGAAUUAAACGCAGUUGAAUCGGUUGAACACGGCAUAGCACUGGACACGAUGGAAGAAAAAGAGAGAAAAAAAUGAAAGAAAGAAAGACACAAAUAAAAGUCACCUCUCGAUCGACGGACACGGGGUUUUUGUAAAGGUCUGCUCGGGAACGACAAAGAAUCCACUAUUAGCUCGUAAGUUAACGGUUAAUUACAAUUAAACUGUAGAUUUUAAGGGGAAUAUGGGAGGAUAUGCAUCGGUAGACGACACACGAGACACACUCAUGCAUAGGUAUAUAUAUAUAUAUAAAAAAAGGUAUAUAUAUAUAAAUAAAUGAAUAAAAUGGAUGAACAAAAAGUAUAUAUAUAUUUAUGUAGAAAAUUAUAUAAAUAUAUAUAUAUAUUAUAUAUAAAUAUAUGAUGUUGUAACGUACUAGAAUCCUCGCGGGUAAUAUCCGAAACGGCCACGUGUAUACGCGCGUACGUACGUCGUGUUUCUCGCGUUUUGUUUAAUUUUCUAAAUACGCUUUCGCGCCGAAAUUGAACACACACACACAUACACACACACACACACACACACACAUACACACAUGUACACAGAACAGGAAAAAAGUAAGCGAAUUAUCAAAAAGCCUGAAAACUAUCUGGGAAAAUCGUGAAUUGGGGAUAUCGCGAAUGUGGAAGGAAAGCGGGGAUUGUGCCACCGUACGUGCAAGAGAGAAUGUGAAAAGAACCUGUUAAGGGUCGCGCUCCGAAUUUUAACCUCAAAAGCAAAAAAAAAUUAAAAACCGAGGAGUUAAAACGAAGCUAAAGAGCGUACGACGAAGUAAAAAGAAAACGAAUAUAUAUAUAUAUAUAUAUAUAUAUAUAUAUAUAUAUAUAUAUAUACAUAUAUAUAUGUAGUAUAAAGAGGGUACUACCCGGCUACGUGGAAAGUAAAUUAGGAAGAAGAGAGAGGGGUUGAAGGGGAUGUUUAAGGGGAUGAAAGGCGGGCGCAAAACGCGUAGUGGUCGUUAGACGUCGAACGAGACGCAAAGUAAUAACUAUUUGUAAGGUAACUAAGCAACUCGAGGUUCCUGUCUGCAAAAGAUGCUUUUUCUAAUGUAAACGUUGAUAACGACGAUGAUUAAUAUUAUAUUUGAUUAUUACCGACUAUUAUUAUUACGAUUAUUAUUAUUAUGAUUAUUAUUAUUAUUAUUAUAGAUUUACUAUAUUAUAUUUACAUAUAUGUGGUCAUGUAUUUAUUAUUAUCUAUGUAAAAAGUUAUAGCGUUGGGCUAAAACUAAAACGAAUGGACACACGGUAACACGCACACAAGACACACAUAUGACACCUGUUUAGGGACACUGUACACACACGUUUAUAUACACGUAUUUAUACACAGAAAGAGAGACACGUGUAAUUAUCGAAUUCACACGUACAUAUAAACACAUAUACGUAUACACAUAUGAAAAUCGAAAUUCCCAAUUGAUCGCGUUGCUCCGCGGCGAUUCCCUUUUUAGUUAAAUCGUAACACGGAGCAUCGAAAGGAAUGGAGAGAAGGAAAGAGAAAUGUUCGUAACCGAUACCUCGCAAAAUAGGACAAUUGUUACUAUCCGGUGAUCACGGGCUAAUUAAAAAUCUGCGUAGAUGUUAAUCUGUAGAUUACGAAGUAGCGAGCCCCCUCUUAUUUGAAAUCGUGGCUUUUACCACGUUUCGUCGAUCUCGAACGCUCUCAUCAAGCCUGUAUAUUGCAAACGACCUAACCGAACGACUAUACAUACACACGAUAUAUCACUGAUCUUAGCAGACGAGACGCGAGGCCUUGUAAAAAGGGCGAAACGCGUCCCCUUUUAUCGCGCGUACAUUCUAACGAAAGAGAAUCAGAAAGCGAAAGAGAAUGAAAACAGAAACGAAAAGAGGAAAAAGAAUGGUAUGCACUUUGGCGCACAAAAGAAUCAACAUCGUGUUCCUUUUAAUUGUAUACAUACACAUAUGUAUAGACGCGUAUACAUGUAUACACGGAAUAUUUAAUUUUUCUAAUCGAUUCGCGGCUAAUACACACGCAGGAGAUUUGCACGAGACGAAUCGACGAACGCGCAACUUGUUUCGAGAAAAACAUGUACAUCGAACAUAUACUCACACUGUCUACACGUACGCAUAUAUAAUACACACAUAUGAACAUGUAGACGUAAUACACACGAAACAUGCGUAUAUACGUGGACACCACACAUCGAGAAUCGAAGCGAAUCGAAAACAUCGAGAAUGGUCUCGAAUCGAUAUAACGUAUAUCGCAUAUACGCGCGUGAAUUCUCAAAACGCGGCAACGUACGUGCGCGUGUACGCAAAACUGGGUUUUGGCGUUUUGAGUUUCGAGUACGGGAGAUUGCGUGAUAGAGUAACCGAACCUCGCUACUAGCUGUUCCUAAAAUCUACAAUGAUGAAUGAGUGAUAAGCGUGCGCGGAUUAAUUUAAGGAGUGAACUAUAAGAGAUGCAAUUGAGUAUGCGGAAAUCAUUAUUACGUUGCGAGAAAUUUUCACCGCCCCAUCGCCGCCCGUCACCUUCCGGUUUCUCUCGUCGAUCGUGCGACAUUUCCUCGCGAGAUCACGCGACCCAAGAACGUUCGACGAUACGUCCUUUCGAUUCCACGAUCGAUUUUUCUAUCCACGGCCUGCUAUAAUCGUCGACGAAGCUCGUACGAAUAGAUGCGGCUGCAAAACCGAAGCCAUUGCUUAUAAGAAAAAAGAAAAAGGAGAAAAAAGAAGAUAUAUGCGAUCAGUGGAAAAGAAACUAUUCGGAUGAUCAGUUACACGUAUUUACAGGGUCACACGGUCGAUUUUUAAGAAGAUUGAUCGUGGAAUGGGAACGACGUUAAGAUCGAUUCGUUUAAAAAAAAAAAAAAGAAAAAAGAAUGAAAAGACGAAAAUCGAAACGUUGUUGAUCGAAAGAAUCGCGGUUUCCUUUUUCCUCUUUAUCGGAGAGCACAGAAAAUGGAAACACAAGUGGCAAAACGAUACGUCGUGUAAGUUUCGACGAGAAAAAGGGCGGCCGGCGGCGAGGAAGUUUUUCAGUUUUCUAUAACUGUCGUUGAGUUUGUAUGAAAUAUGUUGAAUACGACUAUACUUAUUGGUAUGACCCUAUUGGUUAUUUCUAUUGCUAUUGCGAUUAUUAUCUAUUAUUAUUAUUAUUAUUAUUAUUAUUAUUAUUACUAUUAUUAUUAUUAUUAUUAAUGCAAUGAUCGAAUGGGCGUUUAUUAUUACUAUUAUAAUUAUUAUUGCAUUAUGAAUAUUAUUAUUAAUAUUGUCACUAUUAUCGUGGUUCACAUUUAUCGCCGAUUGAAUAUUUUGUGAAUUUGUUCCGAGCUACAUUUUCAUUGACUAUUAAUUAAUAACGGAUACUAAUUGAUAACGAUAGUGACUAAUUCUUGUGAGAGAUUGCCAUGUGUAUAUCUUAUAUGUACUCUCUUACGGGGCCCGUGGCCCUCCGAUGGGGCCGGAAGAGGCCGUGCAACCAGCGUGGCCGCGCGGUCAACCCCGUAAACGCCGGCUCAAGGACCCCGACGAUGUUGGCGCCGCGCGCGAUCCGUUCCUCUGCGUGCGAGAGCAAUUUUUUUUCGAGAGCGAUCGUGGUCUGUGUCUGUCGCAAGGUACUCGAUCGCGAUACUUAUAAAACAAAAAAAAAAAAUAACGUUUCUCUCCUCGCGCCUCGCGCCUCGCCCCUUUUUUUGUAAAACUCGCGGAGACGCGGGGAGACCCACUUGACGAGAAACGGUAAAAAGAAAAAAAAAAAGGAAACGAUACCGACGGCUUCGAUCGAAUACAAACCAGGAUAAACGAGAAAAACGAAACAAGAGAGCAAGCAAAAAAAAAAAGGUGGAGGUAAAGGAGAGAAAAACGAUAACCGGAGAGAGAAAAAUGUGGAAGGGCGCGCGAGCAUGCAAACAGACGUGCGUUUCUCGUACUUGCCGACGAAGAUGCGCAAGAGAGACGUACCGAGUGUCGUUGUUUUUUAAUCAUUUGGUAAUCGUUUGUGAUUUUCGAACGAAGUUUUCAAGCAAGAAUUUAUUUAUCUUCGUUGUAGACUUUGCAUUCUUCUGUGAUGCCUGUCACGUUCGAUCGCGCGACAAUUUUCAUGUUCCUACAAAAUCGACCUCGUCCGAUUUCUUUCGUCGCGUAUCGGUGACCAUCACCCUUCGUUAAUCUCCGAUUAAUCGUCGAUCGAUUAACUUGAAAUAUAAAAGCCGCGUAAACUCGGGAAUCACGACGUACUCCGAGGAACGAUAAGAAACGAAGGUAAAACGCGGCCGAGAGAGAUAGAGACAUCGUAUACGUUCUUUCUUGUACAUCUCGUCCACCCACGCUCGCCCUUGUGUACAAAUAUAUAUUUAUGGUGCCAUAUGUGUUAUGUGUGCGCGAACAAGAUCCCGUGUUCGCGCACGCAUCUAGAUUUUAUAAUAGAGAAAAGAAAAUGAUGAAAAAAAAGAGAGAGAAUAAAAGGAAUAAGAGUUGAGCGAGCGAGAGAGAAAAUGCGACAUGCAAGCGCGAAAACGUAUCGACAUACAAGCACACAUACACAUACACUAGCACAUGACAAUUCAUACUUACGAGUAUACACGCGUUACAUGGACACAUACACACACGCGCACACACAUACAUGCAUACGCAUAUUAUAUACAUACAUAAACACAUACAUGCAUACAUACGUACAUACAUACGUGCAUACACACGCAUACAUACAUACAUACAUACAUACAUACAUACAUACAUACAUACAUACAUACACACAUACAUACACACACACACACACACACACACGUGCCAUGCAAGAUGGCUGUACCUGUAUACGUAUAUAAAUAUACGCGAGCAUACAGUGAUGCACAUAUUUACGUGCGCUAUUCCUAUAAAGAGUAAUUGAAGAGAGAGAACAAAAAGAAAAAAAAAAUAGAAAUUUAAGAGUGAGGCGAGGGAGAUCUGCGAUCUGGCACCAACAUCGUACGGCAAAAUGGGUGCGGUGCAAUCAUGUUCCUAUUAGGUUUCAUAUCUAAGCGAGUAAUUAAUUAUACCACUAAAUAUAAAUGAUGAAGAAGGAUAUAAUGAUAUUAUAUAUAUAUUAUUGGAUAUAUAUAUAUACAUACGAUACGAUUAUA